GCCUACAAGGGCGCAGGGAGCUGGAGGUAACCGAGGGAGAGCGACUGAGUCUCGGGGAAGCGAGUCACGGAGACACCGUGGAAAACAUCAACAACAACGAAAUGCCGAAUAAAACUAAAAAAGAAAAGGAGCCAACUAAAUCUGCUAAAAGCAGCACUAAAAACAGCAGCGGAGGAAAGGACACCGCUCCAGAGAACUCAGAAGAGGCACAACUGCAGCAACAGACUGCAAGCAAACGCCCCAGCAACAGCACCCCGCCUCCUACCCAGCUGAAUAAAAUCAAGUACUCCGGGGGACCACAGAUUGUAAAGAAGGAAAGGCGCCAGAGCUCGUCCCGCUUCAACCUGAGCAAAAACCGGGAGCUGCAGAAACUACCUGCUCUCAAAGAUGCACCUUCUCACGAGAGGGAAGAGCUCUUCAUCCAGAAGCUGCGGCAGUGCUGCGUUCUCUUCGACUUUGUCACAGACCCGCUCAGUGACUUGAAGUACAAGGAAGUGAAGCGAGCUGGUCUCAAUGAGAUGGUGGAGUACAUCACACAUAACCGGGAUAUUAUCACUGAGUCCAUCUACCCAGAGGGGGUAAUCAUGUUUUCAGUGAACCUAUUCAGGACCCUGCCUCCUUCAUCUAACCCAACGGGGGCAGAAUUUGAUCCAGAGGAGGAUGAACCAACAUUGGAAGCAGCCUGGCCUCACCUACAGCUUGUAUAUGAGUUUUUCCUAAGAUUUUUGGAAUCUCCAGAUUUUCAACCAAAUAUAGCCAAGAAAUACAUUGACCAGAAGUUUGUAAUGUCUCUGCUGGAAUUAUUUGAUAGUGAAGACCCCAGGGAAAGGGACUUCCUAAAGACCAUUCUUCACAGGAUCUACGGCAAGUUCCUGGGCCUGAGAGCUUAUAUACGACGGCAGAUCAACAAUAUAUUUUACAGGUUUAUAUAUGAAACAGAACACCAUAAUGGAAUUGCAGAACUUUUAGAAAUAUUGGGAAGUAUAAUCAACGGCUUUGCAUUACCACUGAAAGAAGAACAUAAAAUGUUUCUAAUCCGAGUAUUACUCCCGUUACACAAAGUGAAGUCGCUUAGUGUCUAUCACCCACAGCUGGCCUAUUGUGUGGUGCAGUUCUUAGAAAAGGACAGCAGCCUUACAGAACCAGUGAUUAUGGGUUUGUUGAAGUUCUGGCCAAAGACUCACAGUCCGAAGGAGGUGAUGUUUUUGAAUGAACUGGAGGAGAUACUGGACGUCAUCGAGCCAUCGGAGUUUGUGAAGGUCAUGGAGCCACUUUUCAGACAGCUGGCAAAAUGUGUGUCCAGCCCGCACUUUCAGGUGGCAGAGAGAGCACUGUAUUACUGGAAUAAUGAAUAUAUCAUGAGUUUGAUCAGCGAUAAUGCAGCAAAAAUCCUCCCCAUCAUGUUCCCUGCCCUAUACAAGAAUUCUAAAAGCCACUGGAACAAGACAAUCCAUGGGCUGAUCUACAAUGCACUGAAGCUCUUUAUGGAAAUGAACCAGAAACUGUUUGAUGAUUGCACUCAGCAGUACAAAGCAGAAAAACAAAAGGAGAAAUAUAAACUGAAAGAGCGAGAAGAGAUGUGGUACAAGAUUGAAGAGUUGGCUCAACAAAAUCCUCAGAUUGCAAAGGUUUACCCAACUGUCACUCCAAGACUCCCUGCUGGUGUGCUUCAUCCUUCAGAGGAGUUUAUGGUGUACAAUGAGACCCCUGCUGCGAUGCCUUUUUAUUCCAUGGAGACAGAGACCCCGACUGCUGAGGAUAUUCAGUUGCUGAAGAAAACUGUUGAAACUGAGGCCACACAGGUGAUAAAGGAAAUAAAGAAGGAUAAGGUGUUGAUGCGUCGGAAGUCGGAGCUGCCUCAGGAUGUGUACACUAUAAAAGCCCUAGAGUCCCACAAGCGAGCAGAGGAGUACCUGACUGCCAACCAGGAGGCGCUCUGAUGUGGGACCAGCCCUGCCCUGCCCUGCCAUCUAGAGAAAGCACCCACCCUUCCACACCGCCUGCUUUCCUCUCUUCAGCCGGAGAACCCUAUGUGCAAAAAUGUUUACACACACACACACGCACACACGCACACACACAGACGCGCACACAGGCACCUGCAAAGAAAUUCGUUGAGCAGUGUUUUUGUUGCCCUGUCCUAUUGUCUUUAACCUUGUGUUAUUCCUGUUUUUGUUUUAAAAUGUUAGUGUCCACUACGACAGCUAUGAAAGUAUCAUUUAAUUAUA